AUGGCAUCUCGGUAUGACCGGGCAAUCACUGUCUUCUCCCCAGAUGGACACCUUUUCCAAGUGGAAUAUGCUCAGGAAGCAGUGAAGAAAGGAUCCACGGCGGUUGGAAUCCGAGGUACUGAUAUAGUUGUGCUUGGAGUAGAAAAAAAAUCUGUUGCCAAGCUUCAAGAUGAAAGAACUGUGAGGAAAAUUUGUGCCCUUGAUGACCAUGUUUGCAUGGCUUUUGCAGUCAUUCUUUUUUGUAAUGUAUUGCCUACUUUUAUAGGACUGACUGCUGAUGCUAGAGUAGUAAUAAACAGAUCCCGUGUGGAGUGCCAGAGUUAUAAGCUCACAGUUGAGGACCCAGUCACUGUAGAAUAUAUAACUCGCUUCAUAGCAACCUUAAAGCAGAAAUAUACACAAAGCAAUGGACGAAGGCCUUUUGGCAUUUCUGCCUUAAUUGUAGGUUUUGAUGACGAUGGUAUCCCAAGAUUAUAUCAGACUGAUCCCUCUGGUACUUACCAUGCUUGGAAGGCAAAUGCAAUAGGCCGAAGUGCUAAAACUGUCCGAGAAUUUCUAGAGAAGAAUUACACAGAAGAUGCUAUAGCAAACGACAGUGAGGCUAUCAAAUUAGCAAUAAGAGCUUUGCUAGAAGUUGUCCAGUCUGGUGGAAAAAACAUUGAACUUGCUAUAAUAAGAAGAAACCAGCCUUUGAAAAUGUUUAGUGCCAAAGAAAUUGAAUUACAAGUAACUGAAAUAGAAAAGGAAAAGGAAGAAGCAGAGAAGAAAAAAUCCAAGAAGACUACCUAA